AUGGAGCACAUCAGCUACGGCACUCGAGGUGCAGCCCUCUUCCAGCCGCCGACAUCCCCCCAACUCCCCUCCUCCUCCUCAAACGACUACUUCUCCUCGCGCACCCGCAAAAGAUCUCGUCCCGAUUCCUCGCACUCCCACCCGCCAGAGCACGAUGACACCGCAACCAUCGACGACCUCGGCCUCCUCUCUGCCACCUCGGUGAAUGAAAAGUACCGUCUGGCGGGCGGCUUCGACAGUCCGGGCUUACUAGCCACGUCUGAAAUCGAGCAGUACCACGACGGCGAGUUCCGGCGGUGUGUGCGCGACAUGGAGCCGAUGCGGAGGCAACCAAGCUAUGCAUCGAGUCUCUCCGGCCCUUUGUCAAGAGAGCGGAAUGGUGUCGCGCGCGUCAACUCCCACAACGAUCAAGGUUGGACGCGUUUCGCUUUUGGGCUUGUGGGCAAGGUGUUUUCAUUCGGCACGAGUGUGGUGAAGGGUUUCUAUGCCGGGCAUGGCAAGGGCUACGAUUUCGGUCAACGCGACAAUGCCUCCACGCCUGACAGCUGGGCUCCGCGACAUCGAGCGAAAAGCCCCAUCCCUGGCGCGUGGCAAAGCGAUGAACAUCUCGUCGACUCGGAGCAAGACGAAACACGUCGACCAUCCAACAAGCGCCGCCAAACAGACAGAGACAGCUGGGUACUCGUCGGCACGACAGCAAGAGAAGAGCACGCAGCCUCCACCACCAGCCCCAAACGCAAGCCAUCCACAGCGACAUCGCGCCCGAGUCUAGCAGUACUCACGCGCCCUUCUGCCUCACGAGCAAAUAGCCGUCGCAGUCUCGCUCCCAUCUCAAGAAGACAGAGCAGCUACAUCACCAGUCCCUCCUCUCAACGCGCUGCAUCGCCGCACCGUCGCGCUUCCAUGGCUCAGACGCGCGUUUCCUCGCGACCCAGCAGUUCGUCGGGAGGAAAGUCACAUCUCAAGGCUGGAUCAAACGGUCUGCUGACACCAGAAACGGCAAGCCACCUCAAACGCCAGGCGAAGCAGGAGCGCGCGGCGGAUAAAGCUAUGAUGGGCCUGAGUAAGCAGUUGGAAGACUUGAUUCAGCAAGGAAAGGAGGCGUUGGGAACAAAAGUGUCGAUUGAAGAUGGGGAUGAUGGGGUGGAGGAAUUCGACGAGGGGUUUGUUGAGGAGUGGUAG